AGGAGACCUAAUACUGCCAAUUAAAAAAAGUGUCAAGGAAAGACCUAACCAACAUAGGUUAGAAAGCAGUUCUAUUACAUAAAUGAUUUUCUCGACAUUUAAUAUAUUUAAAAAUCGGUAAAAAUGGCAUUAAAAGCUUACGAGGACGCUUGCAUGAGAGCUGAAUUAUUUGGCCAGCCUAAACCUGACAAAGAGGAGUUUUUAUCGAAACAUAAACAUUUGGACAUAGUGGAAUUUGAGGAAGUGGAUAUAAAGUCUACGGAGAACACUGCUAUGUUGAAUGAUGACAUAAAGGAAACAAGUGGCGCGUUAAAAGAAUUAAACACAAUACUGACUUCUACGCAGACAAAGCUCAAUCGCAUGAGGGGCGUCUGUGGCUCUGUUACAAAUUUCUUUCGCAUCAAGCUAGCCGCCAAAGACAACCUGUCCUACUCCAGCGAACCCAGCUACAUCGGUCAAACGAACUACGACAAAGAUUACGUCGCCCCCAAAAACGACGUAGGCUUUAACACAGGCCUCGGCCCAGAGGACAACGAAAUGACGCCGCGCGCGGAGAGAGUCAAACAAAAUGGCGGCGACAUCAAUGCCGCCUUGGCUGACUUGGAGAAGAUGGAGGUAGUUGAAAAUAGCUCAUUAUUAGGUAAAGCGGCAGUUAUAGAUCACAGGAAGCAAGUUUCGUCGCAAAUGAGUAGGUUGGACAACAUGAUACUGCAAGCUGACAGGGCUGAGGCGUCUCUGAGCAGCCAGAAUAAACAAAUGCGAUCUUUUUUACGAUAAUCUCGUUAAUGGACUUUAAACGUGUUUGGUAAUUUUUCUGACAAUUUGCUGAAUAGUUCUACAUACUAAAAUUGAUCUGCUGGCAAAUCAAAUUGGCAAUUGCUUAAUAAUUAUUGGUUAAAUUAAUCAACUCUUUCAGCCGCCAUUCUUGUAAUAAAAGAUAUGCUGAAAGCAUACAAAAUCGUCCUUUAUUUAGAAGUUUAAGUGAAAUCUUUUCGGCAAAGUGAAAUGAAAACUUGCAAAUCAAGGUUAAUCACCUGUCUAACAAUUUUUGAAUUUUGAAAUUACCAAUAAAUUGUUCUCUGUUUAGAUUUAAAGACGUAUUUAUGAAUUGUUGAAUUUGUCUUUUCUAAAUUUGAAAGAAUGGCCAUAAAAUUUCGUUCCAAUUCCGCCUCGCUAGCCAAACUACAUUAUAUUGAAUUUAAGUAAAAAUAUAUUCGUCAAUUAAAAACUUAUAUAUCAAGUUAGGUAACUUUGCAAUGUUACAAGUUUAUAAAUAACAGUGUUUUGAAAACUGGAUUUAAUCAAUUAUAUUAUGUUGGAUCAAUGAUGGUAGAAGAGAAGAGGGGUAGAUAGGUUAUACGUGGACCGCAAAUGGCACGUUAAAACUAUGCUAAUUAGCAAACUUGAGCUCAGUCGCCUGUUGCCUUUAAUCGCGUUGUUGACAACGACGAUGAAAUAAUUUUUAUGUGCCAGUUGUAAACACCGAAUGUGGUUUAUAUAACCUAUCUACCUCUUGUUUCUUCUAACAUCAUUGUGUUGGAUGAUAACGAUUCAAUGAAUUUAAAAAUAGAAAACAAUUAGAAUAAAGUUUCACGAUCUAUACAAUUUAUUGUUUCAGUAUAAUUGAGUCAUAUAAGUCAUUAAAAUUGGAUAAAUAGAUAAUUUACCUAAGCUAUUUUAAAUAUAACUUUUCAUCUUUCGUUAAAACAGCAUUACAAAGUUACACGAUUAGACGUCAUAUUUAUUUAGCGUGUACUGUAAAAUAUAUAGCAUUAUGUUGUUCUGAUAUAAAAAAAUAUUUAGCUAUAGUUGCAAGAAGUUUAUAGAUUUUGAAAACUUAUUAUUAUUUAUAUAUAUCCUUAGUAACAGCCGUUUCUAGCUGCGUAUCUAUAUCUAUCGAAGUGUAAACGUUUAAAAGUAGAAAUUGCGAUAGUCAGAUAUCAGACAUAAUAAAAUAAAAUAAAAAUAGCCUUUAAUCACUAUAUUUCGUUAUUUUAACAAUAAAUUUCAUUUCAUUUCAAUCACAGCCUGUUAAUUACAUAUUAUUAUUAUAAAAUACUAUUACAUAAAAUGUCAAUAGAAUUAUGUUAAUUAAUAUCGAUCGAUCGAUUAAUAUUUCGGACGCUUAUUCCCCUUAUUAAUAUUGUUUACUUAUAUUAAAUUUGAUAUAACUCAACUAUUUCAUUAGCCACUGUAUUUACUUAUGGUAGGAGUAUGGGUUGACAAACUUUCGGCUUUCGUAAAAUGAGGGAUGUCUGGCUAUCACAGGUCUUGGUUUUAACUCUCGUAAAAUAACUACUGUCGUUUAAUAAAAUAAUAAUGUUGCUAAUAGCUUGGCAAAUUCGUUCAUAACACUAUUUUGUCGUCGACAGUGACUGCACACCUAUGACUGAUGCACCGCACCUCACUUCACGGCACCUCCCACUCGCGCAGUCCUUCGUCCCCCGUCGCCCGCAUACCAUGGGAGUGUCAUCAUCGAUCUUGCCAAGCUAUAAGUUACUUGGGCGAUUACAGAUAUAUAGGUGAAAAUAUGUAUGUAAAAACUGCUGUUUACCUAAACAUACCUAUAAAUUAGCAAAGCUUAUUUUUUUAGUCGAAGAAAAUAAAUGAAUUGCGUGAUGUAAUGUUGGUGCUUAAGUAAUUCUUGUAAGCUAAGUAAUGAGUAAUAAUAUUUAACCAGAAUAAUAAAGACAAUAUUAUAAAAUCGAAUAUAUUAAGGCAUAGUUAGCAAUUUAUUAGGCAAAGAUCCUCUAUAUUUCCUUCAAUGUAAAUUAAAUCGCCUCUCUAUGUGUAUAGUGCCUCUACUUUUCUAUCUUUUAUUUCUUUGGAGAAUUCCAUAGAGAAUAGAUCUUCUUUUAAAUUUAUCUUUUUAAGAAAAAAAAAAUUCAGCAAAAAAAUCUGGCAAUUUCUCGUAUCUAAAACACUGCAUUAUGACAGUACUGUUCUUUACUUUUUUUUAUUAAAUAAUUCUUAACUAAAAGAAACGGUAAAUUAUGAAAUCUAAACAAUGCAACGCAGUUCUGAAUGAAUUUAUUUCACUGACCAGUCAAUAAAUUUAUAAAAAGAAACUUUUCUAAAUAAAAUAAAUAGCAAAUCAAAUCAAUGAAUUCAAUUGGUCGUUCUAAUGACUUAUCUGGGAAAUUCCCAAUAAAAAGUUGCAAGCUUAUAAAAUGCCGAGGUUCGUCUUGCAACACGCAUAUUCUGUGCUACCUUCUAGCUAAUAAUAAUUGGUCGUUUAUUAAUUGGUACCUACGAACACAUUCAUUGAUUUUUCUUUAAAUGAUUUUUUUUUAAUUUCGUACUGUUAAAUAAUUACUUACCCAAAUUUUAAAUAUAUCUUUUUUAUUAUC